AUGGAACGACCCGAAGCCAGCUACGCAUCGUCAAUGCAGAAGCAUGUCUUCGGUAUGACUAGUUCUCGUGGUGGCCCUGGAUUCGAUAGAAAGGCAUACGCACCUUUCCAAGCCAUCAUCGAAAAGGGCAAACAAGCCAAAGCGCAAGAUGAACACGAUCAGUACGAAGCAAGAAAGGCGAGGAGAGAGACAGAAAUCAAGAAUGCCGCACGAAUCAGGCAUGCUGAGGCUGAAGCUAAUCGCCGCCGUGCCGAAGAGAGCAGAUUGUCCAUCGACGAUCACAAGGGAAAACUGCUCGAUGAAAUGACCAAAAACGUCAAGGCAAUUCUAGAAGACCAUUACCGAGAAGAGAUUCGUGAGAAGGUUUACGAAGACGAAGAUAUGAUCGUAUCCGCGUAUGAGCGUGACGUCAAAGACCAGACAAAGGCCAGACUCGUGGGGGAGCUUGAAUCUGUGGUGAAGGCGAAGUUGGAAGCCGAGUUCGAGCCAGAAGUUAAGCAGCAGUUGGCAGUAGAGCUUGUAACGUUGGUAAAGGCAGAGCUACGAGCGGAGUAUGAGACAGAGGUCAAGCAGCAGUUAAUCAAAGAGCUUGGACCGGAGGUGGAGGCAGAGUUGCGUGCGAAGUAUGCGACAGAGGUCAAGCAGCAGUUGGCCGAAGAGCUCCAAGCGGGUGUGAAGGCAGAAUUGCGUGCGAAGUACGAGGAGGAAAUCAAGAAUCAGCUCAUGACGGGCACUGAGUCUACAGCCGUCCACAAGCUGAACGACAUACACCCAAACGAUGUCGAAAACGAAUCUCAGGGACAACGUAACGCCGUGCGCAUUCCAGAUGGGGAGUCAUCCAGAGCAAUUUCCAACCACAAUGAUAACAAGGGAGGCGAUUAUCCCGACCUGCGUCAUCAUCAGCAUCUUGUUGGCCAAAAUUGUGUCCAGAAUGGUCAGCAAGAGGCUGUGUCUGUCCAAGGUUUAGAGUGUUCCGACACUGAUGAAGAUGUUGUCAAUAUGCCUCAUGGUACGAAGCGAUCUCUGAGUGGUGAAGACUACGAAGAAGAAGAUCCUUAUGCACGUCACUCAAAGCGUUCUCGAAGCGCAUCGUUCAAUAGCGAGGAGCAGCAAUCGCCAAGUGGCUAUGAGGAGGGGUCCAGUCAUCUCUAUUCGAGCUAUUCACGUAUACAACGAGCCUACCAAGGCGUGCGUUGCAACGGCGAAGAAUACCAAGAUUUUCUGCAGUACAAGGGGGACGCUGGGUAUGAGGACGCGCAGGGCAUCAAUGGAUAUAAGAUGGACCGCGGAGCUUCGGGCUACAAUAGCUCUGCUGAGGUUAAGGGAAGCCGCGAGAACAUUUUGGACCGUGGAGAGGCGGACUACAACAGCGCUGAGGAUGUGCAGGGAAUGAUUGGGAACUUCCUGGACCGUGGAGAGGCAGAUUAUGACAGCGCUGAGGAUGUCCAAGGGACGAAUGGGAGCCUCUUGAACGGCGAAGAGGCAGAUUACAACAGCGAUGAGAAUGCUCAGGGGAUGAACGGGGACCUCCUGGACCGUGAAGGGGCAGAUUAUGACAGCGCUGAGGAUGUUCAAGAAAGCAGUGGGUACAAGUUGGACGGUGAAGCUUCUGAAUCCUAUAGCUCUGAGGAGAACGAGGAGGAGGAGGAGGAAGGGGAGUACGAGGAGGAAUACGAGAGUGAGGAAGAAAAGCAGUAUUCUACCGCUCCCCAGGCCGCACCCGAUGCGAAUGCUGGCGAUGGAGUGAUUACAUUCUCCAAUACUCAAGACACGGCCUUCGUUUUGAGCGACUCGGAGGAUGAUGAAGACAAGGCAGAUGACGAGGACAAGACCUUGGUUGGCUACGAGGGCGCCACAACCCCGAACGAUGCUAAGCAGUAUAACGUGCCUGCCGAGGAGUUACAUUUCCCCGAGGCUUGA